CCAGUUGUGCGCUUAGUAGUUACGUAUCCGAACUUUGCCGUGGAAAAUGUACGCGCGAACGAUACCGGCGUGUUCUUGAUUCAAAUUUUCUUUGAACUGCUAACUUUUUAAAUAGGUUGUGGUGCGCGGGAAAAUGAGCAAAAAGUCCGGUAGUGACAGAAUUCGAUCCUUGAAGAAUGCGUCUAGAAAUCCAUCGACAAACAAUACGUCAAAUCCUUCGUCUUUGGAAGAAUCCUAUGAGCUGAGACCGGAGGUGCGUUUCUUGGAGGACACGAAGCGCUCAAAAUAUGACCCGCUAUUCCCAGAAGUUGAGGAGAUGUUGGGACCCACAAUCACACAGCAGCCCUGCACGCUCGUGUGGCGGGACCUAAGCGUACACGUCAAAUUAAAGGGAGGCAGUCUGAAAAGGCUAGUUAAUAAUGUGAACGGUAUUGCAAAACCCGGAACGCUGGUGGCUUUAAUGGGACCCAGUGGUGCAGGAAAAACUACAUUAAUGUCAGCUUUAGCUCAUAGAAGCCCAGUGGGAACUGUGGUGGAUGGUGAGAUCGCAAUGAACGGACAUCCCGUGGGAGACUUCAUGCAUCGGGAGAGCGGCUACAUGCACCAGGACGAGUUAUUCGUGGACAACUUGACCGUCAUCGAGCAUCUCACCAUUAUGGCUCGACUGCGCAUGGACCGACGCACUUCGUCAUUAGCACGCAAGAGACGAGUCAACCAGCUCCUUCGUCAGCUGGCACUCUACGGAGCCAGGUUUACCCGUAUCGGGGGUUUGGAUGGCCGCAAGACGCUCUCUGGCGGGGAGAGGAAAAGGCUUGCUUUUGCUACUGAGCUAUUGACGGAUCCCGGUCUCUUGUUCUGCGAUGAGCCGACGACCGGCCUGGAUUCUUCUUCGGCGCAGAAGCUCGUAGACUUGCUGCGAGCCAGCGCGGCGCAGGGGAAAACCAUCAUCUGUACAAUACACCAGCCUUCGUCGGAGCUGAUGGCUCUGUUUGAUAGGCUGGUGUUACUCGCUGAAGGGAGGGUGGCGUUCGCUGGAAAUUCUUCAGCAGCGCUCGGUUUUUUCGAGAGCCUCGGCUACCACUGCCCCCUAACGUACAACCCCACGGACUACUUCAUCAACGUGCUGGCGAUGAUCCCUGGCUCAGAGGCCGCCUCCAGGCAAGCGGUGAAGAGCAUCUGCAACCGGUUUGCGGUCAGCGAUGCGGCUAAGGAACUUGACAUGGAGAUCCAGCUGGAGUUCCACCUCAUGGAAAACGUGAUACAGAAAUCGCAGGAAGAAGCAAUUGACAACUUUAAAGCUCCGUUCUUCUUCACGAAAAUUGGGUGGCUGGUGUAUCGAUACUUCAUGGUUAUCAUCAGGGAUCCAAGAGUACAGUUCAUAAGAAUAUUACAGAAAUUGGCCAUAGCGUUAACUGCGGGCCUCUGCUUUCUCGGCACGGUGCGGCUCACCCAGACCGGGGUACAGGACGUUCAAGGCGCCCUCUUCAUCAUCAUCGCGGAGAAUACCUUCAGCCCGAUGUACUCUGUGCUACACAUGUUCCCCGAGGAGUUCCCGCUGUUUCACCGGGAGCUGAAGGCGGGACUGUACUCCACGCCCAUGUAUUACAUCGCUAGGAUGAUCGCUCUGCUAUUACCUGAAGUUCUGACAAGUGUACUCACUGCAGACCACAGACACAUCACUACAGAAUAGUCCUCUAAAAGGUGAAGGGCAAUUCCUCAUCCUCAAGAGAGGCUAUACAAUUGGGGCGGCGAAGCUUACAUCAGGUGCCAAAGUUAUAGGAACACGAGUAUACAAGCGAUACGACAUAUACGAACGGAUGCCAUGCAGUUUGUUAUACAGACUUCCACCCCCAUUUUAGACCCCAUCAAGGAUGAUUUCUGCAAUAAAAACUAUCCUGUCCUUUCCCGGGACUCAAAUUAUUAUUUUCACCAAAUUUCAACUCAAUCGUCGGUCAAUGAACAUGACAGACAGACAGACACACUUUCGCAUUAGUAUGGAGUAUGGAUUAUUUUUAAUCUUCAAUAUAUUUAUUAAAACAUAUACUUUUUUUUUAUAUAUAGUAGGAAAUGCUUUAUGCAUACCCAGUAACGAUAUGGGGCCGUUCCUGGGUUAUGUGGGACUCCAGGAUUCUGAUUACCCACUAAAACCUACUGUACUCUUCAUGUGCUUAUUAUCUACUGCACGAGAAAGCGCAAUAGCGCAGGCGUUCGCACAGCGGACAGCACUUGGCCUCGCAGGCCUCCACGGGAAAAGAAGUUACCCAUCGAGUACUCAUGGGCAACUCCUCAGCGCCAGGGCGGAAUGGUGAUGAUGGUGGAUGCUAGAGCCCCAUUCUAGCACCCACCGCCCCGACUCGGCGGUUGGAGAGCGGCAUAUUGGCGCCUCCGCCGCCCGACUCGGUCUGCAGAGGGAUCCUCCUCUCGAGCCCUUUCCGCGGCCUCCCUCUGUAACAUUAUCUGCUCGCAGAAGGAGGCGACCGCCUCCCAGGACGUCGCGCUGUCGACCAUAGCUCUCACCAGAGUCGGCAGCGAGAGGUCCCGCCCCACAACAGUGACGAGCUGGCGCCGUUCAGCGUCAAAAGCCCCACAAGCCUCUAAAGCAUGUUGCGCCGUGUCGUCACUAGCCCCGCAAUUGAAACAUAUACUUAAAAUAACCUUGUUUAAGUAAUUAUAAACAUCU